UAGUGUUGCUGCCUCUGCGGCUUGGCUUACACACACACAUACGUCCUCCAAUCUGAGCCGCUUUGAGCCACACCAUUUCAUCUGGUGCUAUCAGGGUUGAUGAGAGCCUCUUGUCUUUCUCGGUCGGCUGCAGCUGCUGUGUGAAACACAACAAUGUUGUUGCUAUAAGGAUUUUUCUGCUUGUGCUUUAUGAGUUGGUAAUCAGAUUUUCUUCACAUCUGAACAUCUUUGCUUGUGUAAUGGUAAGGUCAUGAUGACAUCCACAUGGAUGUUGGUGAUUGCCGUGCUGAUACACUCUGCAAACGGAGCAAGAAGUCAGGGUGACACCCAACCAUGUGCAAGGAUCCACACAUCAAGUUCGGUGGUGCCUCUGGGAUCACCUGUCACAGCCACCUGUGUCAUCAGAGAAGACUGCCCUCUAGUUACUGGACAAGCUGUUCAUAUUGAGUGGCGCCUUGGCAGUGAGCUUAUUCCCGGCAGCCUUGCAGCCAAUGAGAGCAACAGGGUUUCCAGUAUUGUUGUACCAAGCUUCAAUCGCACUAAGGCAGUACUUUUCUGCUGCAUCCAGAAUUGUUCUCAAGUUGUCACCGGAGUCGAGAUCCAAGCUGGAUAUCCACCAGAAAAGCCACAAAACCUGAGCUGUCAGACAAACUUCAGCUCCCCUAGUUCCUUGAACUGUGAAUGGGAGCCUGGGCAGUGGGACACCCACCUCCCUACAAAGUAUACCCUGCACACUGAAAUAAGAGACUUAAAUGAGAACUAUACGUAUGAACUGCCACCAGAAGUCCAUCACUAUUCGAUUCCUCGUAAUGAAUUUGUUCUGUACAGUGACAUCAAGAUCUACGUAAAGGCAGAGAAUGACCUUGGAAUGGCAACUUCAGGACCCUUAGUUUUUGAUCCUUUACAGGCAGCUAAGUUCGACCAACCCAGUAUUGAAAAGGUUGAUGUGGAGCCUGAAAGGUUAGGUUGCCUCAAGCUGAAGUGGAAAAUGUCCCAGCAGCAGAGGUGGAUUCUUCACAACCAACUAAGCCUUGAAGUCCGACUUAAGGCUGCUGACAGCGACCAAAUGAGCGACCCACCAAUUCUUGUAAGCCAAGUGAGACCAUCCAAAGCGAUCACGGAAUGCUGUCGUCUCCUUCAUGGAGCUCGAUAUUUGGCCCAAAUUAGAGUCAGAUACUACAUGGAGGGCCCCUGGAGCGAGUGGAGCAGCAGCAAAUCCGGAGUCACCUUGGAGACCGCUCCAACUGGACGUUUAGACUCGUGGAUGAAGGUAUCAAGGAAUCACACAAGCAAAAACCUAGACAUACAGUUGUUCUGGAAGCCAUCAAAAAGGUUCCGUGCAAAUGGCCAAAAUUUGACAUAUGUUGUCUUAAAACCAAAUCCUCGUGGUAAAAGAGAAAGAAUGUGCUCUACAAACGAGAAAUGGUGCGCUUUUCAACUUUCUGGGAGAGUAAGGAAAGUGUAUCUGAGCGCUGUGAAUAGUGUGGGGGAAUCUCCCCUCACUGAAAUUAGGAUUUACCAGCCCAAAGAUCACACGGCAAUCAUGGAUGUCACAGCUGUUCCUCAUGAUGACAGAUCGUUUCUGGUCCAGUGGACAGCUGAGGUGACUUUAGGUCUCACUGAUUAUGUGGUGGAAUGGAAACCUUUACUAAGUCUAGACCUCAGCCACGUUCGUUUUGAAAUUGUGAAUAAAAACCAGUCUAGUCUCAUCAUAACCGGCAGCUUUGAGCCCUACAAGCCCUACGGGAUCUCUGUAUAUCCCCGGUUUAAGGAUGGGAUGGGGGCUCCUCAGACUGUUAAUGCCUACUUGAGACAAAAGGCUCCAUCAGCGGUUCCUAAAAUUCAAAUUAAAAAGACCUGGUGGUCAGAUAUAGAGGUUUCAUGGGAUGAAAUCCCUUUACAGCAAAGGAAUGGAUUUAUUAAGAGCUAUCAAGUCUUCUACUGGGAAGAGAAUGGAUCUGUCAAAGUUGAGAGUGCCGAUGCAGAAGACAGGAGAGUGAUCCUGAAGCACCUCAACACUGCAUCUACGUAUGAAGCUUUCAUGAUGGUUAGCACAUUUGGUGGGAGCCUGAACGGAUCAACAAUCUAUGUUAAAAUGAACUCCUUUGAUGCUAUGACUGUUGUGAUCACUGUAACUGCAAUUGGAGUUGGACUGGCAUUGCUGAUCAUUUCCAUCAUCUGGACCUGCUUCUCCAAACACAAAAAGCUGAAUGGUUACAUGUGGCCAGUUGUUCCAGAUCCGGCUAACAGCAGCAUUAAAAGAUGGUCAUCAGAAUCAACACAGUUUACCCAUCCAUCCUGGGACAACGAGGAGCCAAAUCCAAUAUGCUUGUCCCAUCUCAGCUUCCUGGACCUUCCAACCAAACUUAGCAAAGAAGAGGAUGAUAUUUGGUUAAACAGCUCAGAAGACACCAGUGAUCUUGGCGAGUCGAUUUGUGGCUCACCGUUCAUUCCUACAUACUCUGGUUCAAACAGCGAGUCUGUUCCUUAUGCGACUGUACUGUUGUCCUCUUGCAACGACCCAAUACCUGAUGAGCCUCAUGUCUACCUGCGCUCUGAAUCUACACAACCCCUCUUGGAAACUGAAGAGUCUUUCACUCCAAAAUGCUACCAGAAUGUUGUAAAUGAUAGGAUGCCAAAAGAGCAGUGUUUCUUUGGGUCCUGUGAUGAUGAUAUCCCUGAAGGAGAGGAAGGCCCAGCUAUUGUUUGGGAUGACUUUCCCUUUCUGUGUGCCUUGGCCAUGAAUGAGAGUGAAAAUAACUAAAGUUAAUUUGCUGGUCAUUAGAGUAUGCUUGCUUUGAGUGUGUUGUUUUUGUUGUUUGUUUGUUUUUUUGUAAAUGAACCUACCCAGCAUUAUACCUCUGCACCAGCAGAUUAGAUUUAAAUCAUGAUUAUUUUGUUUCUGUUCUGCUUUUUACAUUUAUAGAAGUACACUUUUUUAAAUAUAUGUUUUAAUUUUCAUGAGGUGGUUAAAGGUUAAAUGAGCAGAUUUAAGACAUAUUUUUGUUGCAUUUCACAAAAGUUAAAACAGAUACAGGCCAAAAGUUCUAAUGUUUGAGGUCUUGUGUACAGGUAAAGCACCUCUAUAAUUGCUGGUGAAGAUAAAUACAAAAUUCUUUAAUUAAAUUAUUGCUUUAGACCAGUCAAUGCCACAAUUCACAAGGCUUAGUUGUAGUUCUGUAAUACUAUUUAGAUUUAUUUUUUACCUCCUGAAUUGUCUCCUUGUUGUGCAAAUAGCCUUUGUCUAUUUGUAGCUGCUCACUCUGAUCUAAAUUUUUACCAUGAAUAUGACCGAGUUUAGGCAAAUAAUUGUGUACUUGUUGCCAUUAUUGUCACCAAAUUUGUGAGGAUUAACACACAUCUGUCAAUUUUAUGUAACGUUCUCUUACCAUUUUGAACAGAAGCUAAUAGAAAUAAACCUCUUUGCUAUGUCAUAUGUUAACCACAGGGAAAUAAAAAAUUAUUAGGAAUUGCUAAUUAACAUUCCUAUGUGAAGUCAAGUAAAUAUUUUUAGAAAUCUUAGUUCUGUUUAUUUCAUAAAAUUGAUCAGACCCUAAGCAUAAUGGAAACUAGUAAUUUUGUACAAAAAUAAUAAUAUAUAAAUAUAUAUUAAAUAAAUUAUAUAUAUAUACAUUUUUUUAAGGGAGUGGUUUAAACAAUAGCUGAUUUGGCAAUAGGUUAAAAUGUCUAACAAUAUUUUCUGAAACUAUAUUGUUGACCUCCAGAUUCAUUACAUAUUGUGAGAAAACAUGAAUACCUCAUUCACUGACUGGUUAAACUCAGCUGUAGUCCAAAGAAAGUAGCUUCACGAAUAUACCUUAUGUGGAUUCUGAAAGUCUUACCUUUACACUUCUGAUUGGACAUUGCGUACUGCUCUCACUGUGUUCAAUAGUUAUGUAUAAAAACAUUAUGAAGAUCAGUUAAAGAAGUUUUGGGUGGAAGCUCAUGGAGAAAUGUCUGCUUUUCUUCAAAAAGAAAUAAAAAAUAUAUAGUAAGAAAAACUUUCUAUAUAUGAUACAUGUAACACCUGUCUGCAAUGUAAAGGACAUAUUUUAUUACUUACCUCUAUAUCUGUGUAAAAGAAGUGGUAUUUUUCAUAAUCACAUGAUUUAGUGUACUAUAAUAUAUAUGUGAUAUGCCUAUAUGUGUGAUGGCCCAUGUGAGAGGCAGAUUCUUAUAUUCUUUAGCUGGAUGAUCACAGUGCUGCACUUUGAUAAAUAUGUAAAUGAAAAUGAUUUGUGAUUUCCAUAACCUCUUUCAACCGUGCGAGUGAAAAUUGCAAUGUUUUGUUUCAGCUUCUACUUUAUCCAUGUGUUGUAGAGCAACCAUCAAAAAUAAAACUCUCAUUUUUAAUUCUUUUAA